GCUUGUCCGUGGAAAGAAAAUUUGUAGCUAAAAGACAAGGAAAGAAAGAGCAAGGAAGCAACCCCUCACCGAUUCCAAUUCCUAUAUGUGCACGCUUCAUUUGUGGGAAAGAUGGAAAACGAUGAGGGAAUCAAGUGUUUGCUAGAUUUAAUUGAAUGGUGCAAGAAGAACUUCAAUCCUGAAAAUGGUGGAAACCUCGGUAAAACCAUAACCUUCCUUCAAUCUCUUCAACAAGAAAUACAGGAAAUUGAAUGUUUACUACCACCGCAAGGAGCAGCACCUACAUCUUUCAAUACCCAUGGAACAGAUCUACAACGUGGGCAGGAGAUCGAAUCUUCAGCACUGCAGGGAGACGCAUUUGGGUCUAAUCCCCACGUCAAUGAACAGGAAAUUGAAUCUGCAGCACAUCAAGGAGGAGCAGCACCUACAUCUUUCAAUGUCCAUGGAACAAAUCUACAACGUGGGCAGGAAAUCACUCAAAUAAGAAAACAAAACACCAACUUUGGAUCAACUCUAAAUCAAGGGAUUAAUAUGGAGAUGAAUAAAAAACGAAAAUUGAGGUCAGAUGUUUGGAAUCACUUCAUAAGGUAUAGACAUGAAGAUAAAGAGAUGAAGGCUCAGUGUCAACACUGUAAGAAAUAUUUUAAUGGAUCAAGUAAGAGUGGAACUACACAUCUCAGAAAUCAUCUAAAAAGUUGUUUGAAAAAUCAAAAUAUAGUAGCAGACAAAAUGAAAGAGUUGAGUGUGGUUGAUCAAGAGCUGAAUCACUGUAAUUUGGCGCGAAAGGUCAUUAAAUAUGGGUGGGACAACAUAAAAGAUGAUAUAAUUGAGGUUUAUGAAGAAGAGAAAGAUAAGUUGCACAGAUAUUUAGCUAAACUUCCUGGUCGUUUUAAUGUAAUAAUUGGAAAAGAUACAGGGUAUGGUGUUCAGUUUGUGAAGAUUUGGUUUAUUGAUGAUAAAUGGAAAUUGAAAACGAGGCUUAUUCAUUGGAAGAAUUAUGAUAGUGAUGGAGAACCCUUAAAUGAAGACUCUCUAAAGCGUUUGAUUCAAGAUUGGAACAUGGAUAAAAGAAUUUUGUCUAUGAUUGAUCACAGGGUUGAUCCAUCAAAAGAUUUGGUACCUCAGCUUACCAAUUGGCUUAAUGAAAGAGUUUCACUUCCUGUCAUCGGGAAUUAUAAGACAUGUCAUAAGUCAUUAGGUGGUUUUGAAUUUAGUGUAAAAUUUGUGGCAAUGGGAAGUGACAUUAUGUCCGAAGUGAGGGAACUAAAAGACUACUACAUGACAUCAUCAAACAAAUAUAAGUUUGACUUAGCGGUAAAACAAGUUGAGUCCAUGGGUAAAAAAGUGACUUCCAAAUAUAAUGAUGUUUCUUGUCUUUAUAAUUUCAAAUUGCUUGAUUGGGCAAUGGGAUAUAAAGAAGUAUUUUGUGAACUGAAGCGCAUAGAUCCUGAUUUCACGUCUUCCAAUUUUGAUUGGGAUGACGCUGCUUCACUGCACAGUUAUUGGGUAGUGUUUGAAGAUAUAAAAAAUGAUAUUUGGAAACUGGAAAUUGAUAUUUGGGAACCGGAAGAUGAUUCUGAGUUGGCAAAUGAUUCUAAGUUGGCAAAUGAGUGUUUCCCUAUGGUUUAUCACUUUUUUUUAAGAAUGCUACGGUUCAAAAAUACUGAAAAUCAGUACUUUCGCCUUGCUGCAUUACGUUGCAGAGAAGUUUUUGAUGAACAUUGCAACAACAUAGUAACUGUAAUCCCAGUGAUUCUGGAUCCAAGAUUUAAACUAGAUAUUGUAGAGCGUUUCUACAAUGAAGUUUAUGAUAACGAGGGAGACUUACACUUCAAGAAAAUCAUGGAUGAUGUUAAAAAUAUUUACAAUAAAUAUGCGACGGAUGUCAACAAUUCUUCCAUGGUGAUAGCAAAUCCAAACGAGGCUGCUUCAUCAAAAUCAGAAUUCGAGCGCUAUUUGACAGCUGACAAGGUUCCUCCACUUGAAGGCUUUGACAUACUGGAAUGGUGGCGUAAGAAUUCUCCAACUUACCCAGCAUUAGCUAUGAUGGCUCGGGAUUUCUUAUCCAUUCCUAUUGUUGAUUCUCCUUAUGUGUAUUUUGCGGAUGACGUCACUGAUAUUUAUUAUAUGGAUUUCGAUGUUGGCUUAAAAGAUGUUUCGGCAUGUACAAAAGUUUGGUUAAACGACCAUGAUUGUAUGUAAUGAAGUUGUUGAAAUAAAAAUAUGUAUUCUAUUUUUCCCA